AUGGACUGUGGUCCCAAGUUUGUUGAAACUCUAAAGAGGAUUGGCUAUCCAAAGGCAGAUUCUCUUAAUGGAGAAGACUUUGACUGGCUGUUUGAAACGCUGGAAGAUAAGUCAUUUCUAGAAUGGUUUUGUACAACAUUGAAUGAGAGUCAUACCUUAUCUGAAGAAGAGCUGCAGUCAUUUAAUCUGCUCCUUAAAUCAGCAAACCCACUAUUAGAAGAGGAUGCUCUAGAUGAAGCUCUGAAGACAUGUAAGUCUCUUGAAAUUAAAACCAACAGUUGUGAUGAAGACAAAGAAGAAAACCUUAAAAUAUUAGAGGAUGAGCUUCAGACCCUUCAAAAAAGGAAACACCUAAAAAGCCGUCGUCGGAACAAGCUUCAAACAGUGGCCUCAGCUAAUAACCUUCUGUGCCUGAAGCUGAAAGACACAGGAGAGGAAAAGCCUAAAACCCUGAAAGAGGCGCAGGGAAUUCUCAAUGCCAUGAAUACAAAGAUAAACAAUGAGCUGCAGUCUCUUACUCAAAAAAUUGGAAAGUUGACUUCUUUCUUUGCUGUUGCAUCCAGACAACAAGAAUUGGACCCUGCUCCUGUCCUUUUAGCUCAGCUUGCCUUAGAUAAAUACUUGUGUCAAGAAGAGCAAAGCACAGCAGCCCUUACUUUGUAUACAAAAAAACAAUUUUUCCAAGGUAUAUCUGAGUUGGUUGAAAGUUCUAAUGAAGAAAAUUUCCAGCUUGUAGAUAUAAGGAAUUCUUUUACUUCUGAUGAGAGCAAUGAUGUGUGUGAGGAUAGGCAAGAGCUAACCAGGUUGAAGAUGGCUUAUGUUUGUGCUCGGCAUCAGCUGAUUCAGCAAGAAGCUAAGAAUCUAAGCAUGAAAUCGGGUCUCCGGUGGGCGGAGGAUAAUAUUUGUUCUUUAAAGAAGGUAUGUAUUGAAGAUUAUUAUUUCACAACCAGACUUUGUGUCACUGUACAGAUACUGUAUAAAGAGUAUGGGGUGUAGCCAACAAAGCCAUUACUCCUGUUCCCUGGAAAGAAAGGAGAAGUUCUGUUGUAUGAGCAGAGGUUGGUGUGUGAGUGCCAUGACAAUUAGACUUUACCCUGUCAAUGUGAAGUUGAAUCAGUUUUAAGUUUUUUAAAAUUCUAUUUUAAUUUUAACCAUCAGGCUACUUUUAAAAAAAAACAACUUAAAUUGGAUUUUAUAUAUAUCUUCAGUCAGUUUUUAAUUAAUGAGACUGUAACUAAAAUGGCAUUACAGGUUUAUUGUUGAUGGCUAUAAAAUUAUUGAGGUAUUGAGCCUUAUUAGUAUUUUUUUUGUAGAGAAGCAUUUCUUUGUGUAUCUGUCUAAUUCCUAAAGUAACGUUUUGAAUCUUUAAUUUAUUAAAAUUUGUUCUUCCUUUAUUAAAGAAGCUCAGUAUCUGAAUUUGGAACUUGUUAGUGACAGUAGAAGUGUAUGGUUUACAGGAUCCGUUUGUUUGUUUGUUUGUUUGUUUGCAGACUCUUGGAAAAGAAAAUGUUGAAACCAGAAUUUCUAGCCUGAACAGCGACAUUUCAAAACUCAAAAAGCACUUGGCUCAAAUAAACAAUGAAACUCUAUCUUUGCUAGUAAAGGAGGAUGCAGAGCUAUUGAAUAUGCCUGUGGUGAGGGGUGACUUUGAUUUACAGAUUGCUCGACAGGACUACUACAUAUCAAGACAAGAUCAAAUUUGUAAUCAGUUGAUCAAACAGAAGGCAUCCUUUGAACUUCUUCAGUUGGCUUAUGAAAUUGAGUUGAGAAAACUUAGGGAUAAUAGCCGUCUCCUAGAAAAUAUAGUACAAGAUCUGAAACAGAGCAGUAAUACUUUGGUGCAGGUACUAGAAACAAUGUCAGAGCCAUCAAUAUCCCAUCAUAAAAUACCAAGAAAAACUAUUGAUUCAAAAGAUACUACUGCACAGAGGUAAGCAGUUGAUUAUUGAUAGAAUUAUGAACGUAUUAAUUGAAGUCUGUUGUGGAAAACUAACUAAUCCUAAAUGUGGAAGUAAGUUCCAUUGAAAUCAGUGGGCUUUUCAAAAAGAUAACCACUCUGAGCCAGCACAGCGAUUUGAAUGUAUUGGGUUGGCCUUUGCUGAUGAUCUUAAUUCUUUAUACACAUAAAUGUUCCUGGCCUUAGAAUGUUUUCAGCUGCUUUUAUGUAUGGAGGCAUGCCUUCUCCCAAGCUUAAGCAUUUAUGAACCGAAUUGAGGUUUUAGGCCUGGAUACUUGCAUUUAAGCUGAUUAUCAAAUUAGGAAGUCAUGCUAACUGAACCUAUGCAGAAUCAUCAUGCAUAAGCCUAUUUAAAUCAUUGGAUUUAACUUAUUUUGGGGUUGGGAUAGCUUAUGUGGUUUCUCAUAUGAAUUAAGAAUGUGUGCAACUCUAGUAUAGCCAAACUUGUAACAAUUAUUUCCUGUGUAAUGGGCUGUAUAUGAGAGAAUUAAUUGGACCAACUUUGGUCUCAUAAUUUUGCUAUUUUCUGCAACUCUUUCACAGAGUUACAGAGAGAAAACAAAAACUACUGUUGUGCCAUACUUAAAGGAACAACCAGUUUCUAUAAAUGAGUUUUACUGAAAUAAUUGCAUUGAUCCCCCUUUAUUGUGUAUUCAGGCUGCUUUUGGAAGCUUCCUUGUACAUCAGCAAAUCUUAUUUCUUGUUUUCAAGGCUGUGUCAACUUCUGGAAGGAAGUAAUUCAAAACAGUUGUUCAGAACAUAUGAAGGCCUUGAGCAGAUGGCUGAAAAAUUACAUCUAGACAAAAUGUCAGUGGUUGAUCAAUUAGCAGUAUCUAGCCAAGAACAAAUUCUUCUGUCAAAGAUGGAUGCUGAUCUAGGCUCACUUCGCAAUUCUAUGUACUGUGGAGGAGAAAGGGUCUGUCUUAGUAACCUGGUGAGUAACUGGAUUAGGAUCAGUUCUGAUUGUAGUUGUAUAGUGUGCUUGAUAAUAUUUAUCAUUUUCACAUUGAACACCAAGGAAUCUGCAUGCUAUUUGCAGUGGGCCUCCACAAACAAGGUAGACAGAAGUGAAUCCUCCUGAAGUUCUGAAUAAUUACUGGCAUGAACACUCUAGCCCAGGUCUGCCCUUUCUGUUGCUUGACCAUAUUCGCUGCCAACAGCUGAGGCUCAGGGUAGUGAGCUCUGGCAUAUACUCUCUCCCUAAGCUAGAACUGGACACAUGGCUUUAGGAAUAGGGAGUGCAGGAUAUCUGGCCAGCACCUUCUACCUCCUCUCUUAAGUUCCAAACUACUCAGCCACCACAGGAGAGAGGUGCUGUCUUUGCUCCAACCCAUCAAGCUUUCCCAUCUUGUCUGUGUUUUGAUGGGUGCCACAGGAUGUGCCUUUUGGCUCUGACCACCUAGCUAGCCAGAAGCUGAUUUUUUUGAUAGGAGUUGAUGCUUUCCAAGAAGACAAAAACAUCAAGUCCUGCACAGUUUUUCUCUUUUUGAAAAUUAAUUGGAACCUGCAAGAACUGACCCCUGUGAGUUCUCUACAUGAGCUUAAGGGGCUCAGGAGGAAAGGGUUUAUGGCAACCACAACUAACAGCUUGGUGACAACUGAGCCAAAAUCCAUGGAUCCCUAAUCUAGGUCAUAAAUUUGGGCUUUUUAAAGGAGCAAACUUUAAAAAUGUAUGGCUAGUAGCUGCCGAAAUUUGCAAGAAGAUAGUGUGGUGGUUUUCUACUUCAACCUGUAUUUAGAGUACACAUAAACUGAUCUUGUUAUUGUAUUUGUCCCCAUAUUUAGGAACUGGCUGAGCAGUUUCACCAGCAGGAAUUUCUGUUGAAUAAACUGAAUCUUCUUAUUGUGGAUCUUCUUGCUGAUAUAAAGGCUAAGAAGAAGGUUUUGGAGAAUGAUAAAUUACAACAGAUGGAAAGAAAACUGUGGGUGUACUUCUUCAAAGAUGAAGAAUGCUUGAAGAAUGCUGUGGAGAGAAUGGAACAGCAGGCUAAGACUCAAGCCUUGUCUUAA